ACUCAACUCUCGCUCGCUCUCCGUCUCCUCUUCCCGUCUUUCUCUUUCUCUUGCUCUCCUCCUCUCCUGCUAUCCUCUCUUCCUUCGUUUGUUCUUGUCCUCAUUGUUUGCUCUCAUCUCGCUCUGCCGCUAGUUCAACAUGUCCGACCUGCAGGGCCGCAAGAUCUUUAAGGUCUUCAACCAGGACUUCAUUGUCGAUGAGCGCUACAAUGUCACCAAGGAGCUAGGUCAGGGCGCAUACGGUAUCGUCUGUGCUGCUACCAACGUGCAGACGGGUGAAGGUGUUGCCAUCAAGAAGGUCACCAAUGUCUUCAGCAAGAAGAUCUUGGCCAAGCGCGCUCUGAGAGAAAUCAAGCUGCUUCAGCACUUCCGAGGCCACCGUAACAUCACUUGCUUGUACGAUAUGGAUAUUCCCCGCCCGGACAACUUCAACGAGACCUACCUCUACGAAGAAUUGAUGGAGUGCGAUUUGGCCGCUAUUAUACGCUCCGGACAGCCCCUCACCGAUGCCCACUUCCAAUCCUUCAUCUACCAAAUUCUCUGCGGUCUCAAGUACAUCCACUCGGCGAACGUGCUGCACCGUGACUUGAAACCCGGUAAUUUGCUGGUCAAUGCCGACUGCGAGCUCAAGAUCUGUGAUUUUGGUCUGGCCCGCGGCUUCUCGAUCGAUCCGGAGGAGAACGCAGGAUACAUGACGGAAUACGUCGCCACGCGCUGGUACCGCGCCCCGGAGAUCAUGCUGAGCUUCCAGAGCUACACCAAAGCUAUCGAUGUCUGGUCUGUCGGAUGUAUCCUUGCUGAGCUGCUCGGAGGCCGUCCAUUCUUCAAGGGUCGCGACUAUGUCGACCAGCUCAACCAGAUCCUGCACUACCUGGGAACCCCCAACGAGGAAACCCUUAGCCGCAUUGGCUCCCCACGGGCCCAGGAAUAUGUGCGCAACCUUCCCUUCAUGCCGAAGGUCCCCUUCCAGCGCUUGUUCCCCAACGCCAAUCCCGAUGCCCUCGACCUGUUGGACCGCAUGCUUGCUUUCGACCCCACGUCGCGUAUCUCGGUUGAAGAGGCGCUAGAGCACCCGUACCUGCACAUCUGGCACGACGCUUCGGACGAGCCCACAUGCCCUACCACUUUUGACUUCCACUUCGAGGUUGUCGAUGAUGUGGGUGAGAUGCGCCACAUGAUCUACGACGAGGUCGUGCGUUUCCGCUCAACCGUCCGGCAGCAGUCGCAGGCGCAGGCCGCCGCGGCCCAACAACAGCAGGCUGCGCAGCAGACGAACGUGCCCAUCCCCGAAAAUCAGCAGGGCGGAUGGAAGCAGGAGGAACCCAAGCCCCAGGAAGCGCUCGCCGCGGGCGGUGGCCACCAGAACGAUCUGGAAUCGUCUCUGCAGCGUGGCAUGGAUGUGCAAUGAGUGUGUGCGGUUGCUGCCUGCGCUGAGCUGCCGGUAUCAUCCAUGAACCAUCAAUGACUGCACUACCAAGGGAUGACCCAUGGAAGAUGAAAGAUGAAAAAGAAGAGAUCUAGUACGGGGCACGAUUACUCCCCACGUAAUAUCCGUCGAUUCGAACCCCUCUACAAACCAAAUUCGUCGACUUUUCCGUUGUCGUUCUGGAACUCGCGGGCGUUUCCGGGACUGUCAUCUGCCCGAUAUAUGCUAUGUCUAUUACCCUCCAACAAUAUAAAACCUUCCCGGUUGA